GGCGGGCACCGACGGAUGGAUGGCGUCAGCCCCUUCCAGCCAGCCCGGCGUGUCGUUCCCGGCCCCCUGGCUCGGCUGGAAUUCUCCGUCACGCGCGGGGUGCUCCGGGAGGUUCCUUUGUCGGGAGGGGCCGGGCUCGCUGUGCUUUAUAAACCCUCAAACCCUGCCGAGCGCGGGCCGGCCAAGAUGCACUUGGGGCACGGCCGCGGCUCCCUCAGCUCCCUCAGCGCGCUCCUGGCCGGCCCGGCCGCCGCCGAGCUCUUCGAGCAGCCGGACACGCGGGCCAAGUUCGAGUCCCUUUUCCGCCCCUACGACCGGGAAAUCACCUUCCAGUAUUUCAAGAGCUUCAAGAGGGUCCGGAUCAACUUCAGCAACCCCCUGUCUGCAGCAGAUGCCAGGAUCCAGCUGCACAAGACAGAAUUCCUGGGAAAAGAGAUCAAGCUCUAUUUUGCCCAGACUUUGCACAUUGGAAGCUCCCACCUGGCACCCCCGAAUCCGGACAAGCAGUUCCUGAUUUCCCCUCCGGCCUCUCCCCCCGUGGAUUGGAAGCAGGUGGAAGAUGCAACUCCAGUCAUCAACUAUGACCUCUUAUAUGCCAUUUCCAAGUUGGGACCAGGGGACAAGUACGAGCUGCACGCCGCCACCGCCACCACCCCCAGUGUCGUGGUGCACGUGUGCGAGAGCGACCACGACAGCGACGACGACGGCGGCGGCGACAACGACGCCAAGAAACCCAAACCCAAAAUCAUCCAGACCAGGAGACCGGAUUACACCCCUGCCCAUCUCAGCUGAGCUGCUGCUGCUGGUUGGGUGUUUUUCCCAAGGGUUUUGAGUAGGGAGCUUCCAGGGGGAAGCCGCGGAAAGGGCGGCUCGCAGGUUUGGCGGCCGGAGAAAUUCCCGUCUUAGGUUUGCUCAGAGAAAAUAAAGGAAGCUUCCUCCUUAUUUUUUUGAGGCUGCAGGUUGAUCCAUGGGGGCAUUCCCAGAUCGCUGGGAGAACAGGAUGGUGUUUUGAGACAAAACAGGUUUGUUUUGGGGGGGUAAAGCAGCUGGGGGAGCUUUCCUUGCCCGACUCUUCAAUCCUCCAGUCAUGUGGAAAACCUCGGGAUAACAGGGAAGGUUUUAAGGGUGAAAAGCGUGGGAAUUGUACUUUUUCUUAUCCUGCAUUUUGUGCAUGUGUAUUCGUGGGUCUUCUGAAGUAACUUGGGAGUUCUUUUCUAGGGUUUCUCACGAGCUUCAGGAAACGGGGGAGUAUUUCAAGUAUUUAUUGUCCGGCACCCCCCAGAUUUCCCUCUAGAUGUGUAAAUACCUAUAUUUAUAUCUGUUUUUAUCAGCACUGCCUUUCCAGCAGGCACAAAACUCCUUCAGCCCCUCGGUUUAGGGGCAGUGGGACUCGUGCUUUUAAAAAUCUGAACCUCUGAAAUGCCUCCAGGGGAGUUUGUCUGGAAAAAAAAUUUAAAAAAGUGCAAUGGGAGCCUUGCUGAAAUAAAUGGAUUUUAAGUUAUUUAAGUUCUAGAUAAUUUAUAUCUUCAAUAACGUUUGUUUGGUAGCUUUGACUUGGGGAGGGGGGGAAUAAAGGACUUUUAAGGGUAUAAAUAAAGCUAAUGGUGCAUAUUCUGAAUUUUUUCAGGGGAAAAAAUGGUGAUGGAGGGACUUGAACCUGCUUUUUUUUUUUUUUUUUGUGAGAAAAGGUUUAAUGGUGAUUGUAAAAUUCCACACAGGGUGUAAAAACAGGGAGGGGAGAGAUGGUGCCUUUUCCUUGGCCGUUCCUGCUCCAGGCUGCACACUUGGAUCUUUUUCUACCGGCUUUGUAUAUCCAGAAAUCCCAAACUUUUGUUAGCUUUGCCUCCAAACUGAGCUGGUGUUAAAUGCUUUAAUGCCAAGUAAUGCACAUUUCAAUAAUGGGAAUAUGUGGGAGAAGCUUUUAGGGGUUUUUAUAUUGUUCCAGACAGUCCUGAUAAUCCAAAUUUCAAGGCAAAUAAAAGAGGAGAGAAAUGUAUUUUAUUACUUGUUUUGUUUGUUGUUUUCUUUUUUUAAACUGGAGAUCCUCACCUUGAAACAGGUUGUCAGUAUUUUUUUGGCAGAGACAGGAGCUGAUUUUUGUGGAAAAUAUCUUUUAUGGGUCUUGGGAAGUUCGUUGGAAGUUUCUCACCGUGUUUUUUGGGAAUCCAAACGUGGUUCCCUCUUGCUUUGCUUUGGCCACAGUUGGUCUGAGAAGGAGUUGGAGCAAAUAUUGACUUAAAUACCCUUGUUUUUUUAAAAAAUAAUACCUAUUUUAAAGCUGAAGAUGUGGGAUGGAGCCCCUUCCAAGCUGGGAAAGAAGGACUGGCACUGCCAAGUGACAGAGGAAUCAGUGACUGGAGAACGGGAAUACAUGGAAUUUUCUGCCCUGGCUUUGAUCUCUGUUCCCAGGAAACUGGAAGAAACCCUGGUCCUUGGUGUUAAAAAGAGCUAAUUCCAAGUAUUGCUGGAGCUGGUUUGUGGACAAAACAGGGGAAAUUCAGGUUAUUUUGGGGGUACAACAUUCAGCUGGGUCCGUGUCCCGUGUACCAGCCCCCAAAAUAAAGGAAUAAAGCAGGUUUGCCACAACUGCCUUUAAGCCUUUCCAAGAUUUUUUUUUCCCCAUGUUCCUCAAAUUCCUGCUGGACUUGGUGUUUCAUCCCAUUUAAAAUGGAAGAAUUCCUGUCUUUUUUUCCCACCAUGGCAAAUCAGAACAUGACUUUUCCAUCACAAACCCAGGGAGCUGCUGUUCUGUUUCCUAAAUAAAAAACAACAACAAACAGUGCUGCUUUUCAGCUAAACCCACCAAAAGACUUGAUUUUUAUCCUUUCCUACACUGAGGAAGUGGCCACUGGAAAGCCUGGAAAUCUUGGAAUGGUGACAGGGUGUUGGUUGUAUCUCCUUGGCUUUGCCUGUUCCUUUUCCUUUGAUUUUAUUUUUAUUUUUAUUUUUAAUGUUCAACUGAAUGCUUAGUUGGUAUUUUCUACAGUUGUGUAGCACGGGGCAUAUUUAAAUUAAAAUAUUUUGUUGUCUUCUUCUUGUA